AGGGAGAGCCCUUCGCCCGGAUGGGGCCCUGUGUCCUAGCUCUGGCUCUCUCCACCCCAGCUGCCUCGAACAAGACUCUCCAGUUUCAUCCCGGCUGUGGGGACAUUGGCCAGGAAGGACAUGUUGAAGACAUGGGUGGGCUCACCCUGCUGGGUCCCCAGCACUGUCUCCUCAACCCCCAAGGCCCAGGCGUACCUCCCUCUGACCACAGGCCUGGGCACAAACCUGCAGGAACCAGGUGGCCAAAGCUCAGGUUUGGAUGACACUGCCUGAGGUCGCUGGCUCUGCCCAGGCCUGACACGUGUGGCAGAUGUGACAGUGAGGCCACACAGAGCUCCAGCACCAAGUUCUCGAGGAAGAAGCCGCUGCCCUCCAUCUCGUCCAAGUCCAGCCUGCCCCACGCCUCCAACCCCUGGUUUGAAGAGAUCGUGAGCUUCCUGGUGGAGCAGGCGGUCUCCCUGCUCAUCUGCAAGUACAAGUACGAGAGGAACCUCAGGAAGCAGCUGGGCUUCAUCUCCUUCCCCAUCACCGAGGGGCUCAUGGACCUCCUCCUGGGCUUCAAAAAGAUCGAGGGCUCCCGCAUCCGCCUGUCGUCGCAGAUUGACUGGAGCUGCCUGCUGCGUAAACUGGAGGAGGCCGAGAAGAUCCGGCCGCCCUCCCACCCUGGGGCCCCGCAGCACAGUGCUCCUCAUUCCAGGGUCUCCCAGCGCAGCACGGUCUCCCUGUCCACACAGCCUGAGCCGGCCCCCAACACAGACAAGGAGAAGGAACCAGAACCGGACCUGGACACGGAGUUGCAGGUUAGACAGCUGUUCAACCCCCAGGAACCCGCAACGCUGGAAAACGAGCCCCCCGCGAGUGCAUCAGAGCCCAAACUGUCCACGUCCUCUGGCACCGGCAUGGACUCCAGUCCCCACAAGUCGAGGGAGACGGUGAACUUCGGGGACAGCGAGGGCAGCGAGGAGGACGAGGGUGACGACGACGGUGACCAUGUCCGUGAGGAUGAGGACAACCUGAGCCUCCCUGACUCUGGAAUGGAGGCCUCUGUCAGGCCCUCUGGGGACAUAGGCCACAGCGAUCCCCCAUGAGGGUCCCACAGCCACACCAACCGCUCGAUUCCCUGUUCCUCGUCCUGCCCACCCGCCAGCCUGUGCCAUCGCGGGGGGUCAGGGGGAGCCCAACGCCCACGAGGGGCUUUGCUGAGAUUUGGGGGAGCCAGUGAGGGGAUAGAAAUAAAGCGUGUGCUCACCGUGUGUUCUUGU